AUGCAAUUUCAAAGGUUCCCAUACCCCCCAAGUCUCCCAGCCGAGGUCCCCGAAGACCUGCUGCCCAAGCUCAGCGAACUCCGCGAUGAAUUCGGCACCGACAAAGACCACCUGAAGCACGUUACCGACCACUUUGUCAAAGAACUUGAACGAGGUCUGACGGAGGAAGGCGGCGAUAUUCCUAUGAAUAUCACCUGGGUAACCGACUUCCCAACCGGCCAUGAACGAGGGAAAUUCCUAACCCUCGACCUCGGCGGCACAAACCUCCGCGUUUGCAAGGUUAGUUUGUCUGCGGCAAAGGGUGAUUUUGCAGCCACGCAGCGGAAAUACAAACUGCCCGGGAACUUGCGGUCAGCGCCGGUGAUAGAGCUGUGGGAUUUUAUCGCGGAAUGUGUGCAUUUGUUUCAUGAAGAGCAUCACAGUGAGUGGCCGCCAGGUGAAAAGCUGCCGUUGGCAUUCACCUUUUCAUAUCCCGUUUUGCAAACAUCCAUCAAAGAGGGCAUCCUCCAACGAUGGACCAAGGACUAUAAUUGUCCAGGAGCGGAGGGCAAUGACAUCGUCGCGCAGCUGGCGGCGUCAAUGAGCAAGAAGCAAGUACCCGUUGAAAUCGUAGCGCUAGUCAACGACACAACAGGAACCCUGAUCGCAACCGCCUACCGCGACCCCAGUGUUUGCAUUGGCAGCAUCUUCAGCACAGGCUGCAACUCAGCCUACAUGGAAGUAUGCAGCGCAGUCCCCAAGCUCAAACACGCAGGCCUAUCCCCAAAUAGCAAAAUCGCAAUCAACACCGAAUGCGGUGCGUUCGACAACUCCUGCAAGGUCCUACGCCGCACGCGCUUUGAUAAGGACAUCGACGUGUGUUCUCCACGCCAGGGCCAGCAAUUGUACGAAAAGAUGGUAGCAGGCCGGUACCUCGGCGAGAUUGUCCGUCGAGUCCUCCUAGAACUCCACAAUAUGCACGGUCUCUUCAAGGACCAAGACACCUCCAAGCUCAACACGCCUCACAUUCUAGAAGCAUCUUUCCUCUCCAACGUAGAAGAAGACAACUCACAUCUCCGCGAGGGCGUGCAAAGCCUCCUCAAAGAACGCCUGGGCAUCGAAUCCAAAGUUCCCGAACGCCGAAUCACCCGCUUCCUCGUGGAAGUCGUCGGGACACGCUCCGCCCGUCUAUACGCCUGCGGGAUCGCGGCGAUCUGUAAGAAAAGGAAUAUCAAAACAGGUGUGGUUGGCGUCGACGGGGCCACGUUUAACUAUUACACGCGGUUCCGGCUGAGAGUUGCGCAGGCGAUGCGGGAUAUCAUGGAUUGGCCGGAUGAUAUUCAGGAUCCGAUUAGUUUUGAUGUCUCGGAGGAUGGGUCGGGGGUUGGGGCGGCGUUGAUUGCGGCGUUGGCUAUGGGGGAGGCUCAGCCGGAGGUACCGACUGAAUUAACAGCCUCCUUAACCUCCCUCGGUAAAGUCUGCUGGCUGCGCCUGGAAGACUCCAUCGUUCGCUUCACCAUCAUUCCCGACCAAGGAACACAAGUCUGGGCCCAGUUACCAGUCGAUUGCAUCUUCGAACCAACUACCUACACCCUCGAAUCCAACUCCGGCGUCAUAAACCUCGAAGUGCCCAUCGGAGCACUACACCGCGCACUACGGUCCGCGAACGGUGCGAAUUCUGCGCAGAUACGGCUUACGAAGAAGGGGAAUGUUCCGUUGCUUGCGUUGACGAUUAUAUCGUCGAGUUGGACGACGGGAUCCAAUGCUAUUGGUGCUGGGAAUGAAGAGGAUGAGGGUUUGUUUCCUGAUGAGGGGUUUGAGAGAGCAGGGGGAGGGACGGGGCCUAGGGAGCGAGAGACUGUCAUUUCGCAGGAGGUGCCGGUAAAGGUUCUACAUGAAUCGGCCGUUGAAGGGCUGCAUGAACCGCGGUGCCGCGAUCCAGACGUCCACAUCAUCUUACCCAGCCUGAUACACUUGAAGAGUAUCUCAGAGCGCUUCACAAAAUUAGCCACCAUCGACACCAAAACACCCUCUACCACUUCCACCACCACAACAAAUCUGACCCAAUUCCACCCCUCCUCCGCUAGCCCAACAACAACAGCUCCCAAUAGCACCACAGCAAGUCCCAAACUCGAACUCUCCGCAAACAUGCACGGCUCCCUAAAACUCGCCAUCGCAAGCGACUCCCUCCGUAUCUCCAGCGUCUGGACAGAUCUUGUGAAUCCCGCGCUUGAUCCGGCUCAGUUAUCGCAGGGCGAGAUGCAUGAGUUGCCUAGUGAGCGGAUGAGGAGACUUGGUGAGGAGGGGUGGGCUAAGGUGCGAAUUGAUGGGAGGGAUUGGGGGAGGGUAUUGAGUGUUGGGAGGUUGAGUCCGAAGGUUGUUGCUUGUUUUAUUAACGAGACGGCACUGGUGCUGUAUGUCUAUUUACCGGAGAGUUGGAAUGGGGAGGAUUCGUGUUUAACUUAUUACAUCAAUUCAUAUUCCACCUAA